GAGGGCAGGUAAACUGAGUCCGGCUCCAGUUCCUACAGGUGGUUGAGUAUUCUCCGUGUUUUGGUGAAGACAUCUCUUCCCGACUUUUCCUUGCCGUGUUUUUUCCUCCUCCAGCUUGUCUGGUUGAAUUUGAAUAGACUUUGAGAGGCAACGUCUCUGGUGUACAGCAGCAGGACAAAGUGCCAUGCUUUGAAAAACAAUAAAUAUGGCGGGAUUCAGGGAUUUUACAGCCUUGGAAAUAAUACUUUUCGCCCUAAUGUAGUUUGUUUUCUAAAUUGCUUGGUUUUGACGCGAGUUUUUUGUUCAUGUGUAGUUUUCGGUGCCGCUAAAGGUUAUUGGUAUGACUUAAAUAUGCCCUUUCAUCAGAGGACUAUUGAGCCGCGCCGUGUGGGUCGGUUAUCGGCGAGGGACGGCUGGAAACCAAGGGAGGGAAGCGGGAGUCGCAAACUCCGAAGACCUGUUUUAUACUCUUCUCUGGAUGAGGUUGGCUGUCAUACGCUGACCAGCAUAAUCCAGCAACUCUCAGACCUUUCCCGACAUGCCAGCGACAUCUUCCUGGGCAUCGAAAUGGAGGCAGGGAUGGUGUUCAGAAGGUCCUGCAGGAUUCAGGGCCGCCUGCACAAUCUGCACAAUGAGGUCCUGAAGUUGGAUCCGAAGAAAGUUCAAAUCCGUGGGAGCAGAGCUUGAACAAACAUCUGCACAGAUUUCCCCUCCUGAGGAGUGCGUGACCAGACACACAGACGCCGGUACGCAGAUUCAGACACACACCUGUAAGCCGACGCAGGUACAUGCAGGCAGUCGGGCGUGAAGAAGGGCAGCUGCGAGGAAACACGCUCACAGAGACUCGCAUGGAAAUCCCUGCAGCGCAGAGUGCGCUGUGGGUGGGUGGUCGCAACCCGUGGCCUUUGGCUUGGAGUCUGAGGUGGGCCGAGAGUUUAUGUUCCACCCCCAAACUGAGACCCAGAGACUGUGUGAGAACAAAGAAAGCAUAUAAUGAGGAGGAGAGAGGUCCAAAAAGAGAGAAAAUGUUGAAACUGAUCCGUUUUUGGAUGUAAUACAGAGAUUUAUUGUAAGAAAUGAACUUUAGAUGAAGAGAGUUUACACAGAGAGGGCUCAUAAAACAUGGAGAAAGACGGAUGAAGACAUAACAGGAAGAGGAGAAAUGGUGUUCCUUCAUGGACCUCCUCUCUUCUAGAUUGAUGGCCCUUUUGCAACUUACCACGUUUUUAAAUAUACUCUCUCUCUCUGUUUUCUUUACUUUAUGUUUGCUCCCGGCCGUUGGUCUGUAAUGUUCCUUAAAAUCCUCCUCUAAGGAUGAUUGGCAUUGGAAGCUCCUCUUGGAUCAGAAACGAGGAACGUCAGCCAGCAGCGAGGAAGGAGGUCGCAGACAGGAAUGUGCCUGAGCUUGUAUUGUAUGUUUGUGAGUGUGUGCUUGUUGGUAAAUUAAAGCUGAUCUCAGACCAGCAUUGAGAGGUUUGUGAAUGGUUGAUGUCUUGAUAUGAGCCCAGAUAAGGGAGAUGAGCUGAGAGUAAUGAUAGGCUUUGUGUGUGUGUGUGUGUGUG